AUGAAACUAUUAUCUGAAGGACAUUUAAGACUCUGUGUUGUUCAACCAGUACACAUUACAUCAGGGCUUCUCGUAUUUUUUAUCCUGAAGUCUAUCUCAUCUCUAAAACCUGCUCGACUUCCAGUUUACCAAAGGAAACCUUUUAUAGCUGCUUGGAAUGCCCCAACAGAACUGUGUUUGAUGAAAUAUAAUUUCACACUGAAUUUAAAAGUGUUUCAGAUGAUUGGAAGCCCUCGGCUCAAAGACAGGGGACAAAAUGUUACUAUAUUUUACAUCAACAAGUUGGGGUAUUACCCGUGGUAUACAUCAGGAGGGAUCCCCGUCAAUGGGGGUCUUCCCCAAAACACAAGCUUACAAGCACACCUGGAAAAAGCUGCCCAGGACAUUAAUUACUACAUCCCAGCUGAGAAUUUCAGUGGACUUGCUGUCAUAGAUUGGGAAUACUGGCGCCCACAGUGGGCCCGGAACUGGAACAUGAAGGAUAUCUACAGACAGCAGUCAAGGAAACUUAUUUCUGAAAUGAAAGCGAACAUGUCAGCUGCUGAUACUGAGCAUUUAGCCAAAGCAACUUUUGAGAAAAGUGCAAAAGCUUUCAUGGAGGAAACUAUCAAAUUAGGAAUUAAGAGCCGACCCAAGGGCCUUUGGGGUUAUUAUUUAUAUCCUGACUGCCACAAUUAUAAUUUGUAUGCCGCAAAUUACAGUGGGUCAUGUCCAGAAGAGGAAGUUUUAAGGAACAACGAUCUCUUCUGGCUUUGGAACAGCAGCACUGCCCUGUAUCCUGCUGUUGGUGUCAAGAAAUCCUUCAGAGACACUGACAAUACUUUGCACUUCUCACAAUUUCGGGUCCGUGAAUCAAUGAGAAUCUCCACCAUGACAUCACGUAAUUAUGCUCUUCCUGUAUUCAUCUAUACGCGGCUGAGCUACAAAGAGGAGCCUUUACUUUUUCUUUCUAAGCAAGAUCUAAUUAAUACCAUAGGAGAAAGUGCUUCGUUGGGAGCUGCAGGCAUUGUUAUUUGGGGAGACAUGAAUUUAACUUCAUCUGAGGAGAACUGCACAAAGGUGAACCGCUUUGUGAACUCUGACUUGGGGAGCUACAUCAUCAAUGUGAGCAGAGCAGCGGAGCUGUGCAGCCAUCACCUUUGCAAGAAUAAUGGGAGGUGCAUACGCAAGACAUGGACAGCACCUCACUACCUCCAUUUGAACCCUGCGAGUUACCACAUAGAGGCCUCUGAGGAUGGAGAAUUCAUCGUGAAGGGAAGAGCGUCAGAGGCAGACCUCGCUGUGAUGGCAGAGAAUUUUCUUUGUCACUGUUAUGAGGGCCAUGAAGGGCCCGACUGUAGAGAAAUGAAAGAGGUCAGUGGCCACUCUGGGGUGUCCUUUUACUCCAGGUCAGUAAUAGCACUGUGUCUGCUAAUUCUAGCAGGUUAUCAAAGCAUUCAGUUGUGA